GCGGAGACAAAGUGAUGACCCUGGGCGCAGCUUGUGUCGGGUAUGCCAGCAAGCCUGGACUUGGUACCGCGUCUGACAUCAGAAAAAGCACGGCGACUGCGUAGUUUUGAUAGGCGCCACCGUAGUCUCUUGGAACACGAAUUCGCCCUUUGCUUCGAUGGAUCUCACAGAUCUGAAUUCGUCCGUCGACAGCAUCUCAACUACGGACUAGCUCUCACAUCGUGUGUAUGUGGGGGCGAGUUUUCUCCAGAUCGAUCGAUCAGGAUUUGGCAAUACGGCAUGAUCGUUUCGCAACGUCGGAGGGAUUGAGACUACCUCAUGGGCUCCCUAUAUACCGAAGGAUGGCACCUUGGGUUGGUCUGGUAGUAGGAUGGGCAACGCUGUUUAACUCAUACCGGUGUUGUAGCC